AUGUCUUCCCUCAUCGACCCACUGAUCGAGUUCAUUGGCUCAUUCUCAACCUUCAAUCAAAUCCUCAUCUACUUCCUACUCUCCAUCACCUCGAUCAUCUCCAUCAACAUCUUCAACCAAUUGGCUAUUCCCAAAGAUCCGACCACCCCACCUGUGGUCUUCCAUCUAUUCCCAUUCAUCGGCUCAGCUGUGUCCUACGGAAUCGACCCUUACGCUUUCCUCGAAUCUUGUCGGAAGAAAUACGGGAAUGUCUUCACCUUCGUCCUCUUGAAUAAAAAAGUCACCGUCGCACUCGGUCUCGAAGGAAACGCAUUGAUCCUCAACGGAAAACUGUCUCAAGUUAAUGCUGAAGAAGCUUACACAGCACUCACUACACCUGUGUUCGGAACUAAAAUGGUCUAUGAUACGAUAAGCUACCUCGAAGACCAUGUAUUUGAGAAACCGAAAACGCAGCAAGCUGUCAAAGACUGCUUCAAAGUGGCAUCUGAGAUCACUAUCUGCACAGCCUCAGCCACCCUUCAAGGUCCCGAAGUCCGCGAAGGACUCAACAAAUCAUUUGCCAAUCUAUACCACGAUUUAGACGGCGGGUUUACCCCACUACAUUUCGCAUUCCCCAACCUACCCUUACCAUCAUAUCGACGACGAGAUCGGGCGCAAGUGGCGAUGCGCAACUUCUACAUGAACAUAAUCCAGAAGAGACGAGAGGACAACCGAGAAGGCCAGCUCGGAGACAUGAUCGACAGCUUGCAGGGCCAAACCUACAAGGAUGGGCGGCCGUUGACCGACAAGGAGAUCGCUCAUAUCAUGAUUGCCCUUCUGAUGGCCGGCCAACAUACCAGUGCUGCCACUGGAUCAUGGCUCCUCCUCCACCUCGCCUCUCGCCCAGAUAUUGUUGCCGAAUUGAGGCAGGAACAGAUCGAAGUGUUCGGCAAACCUGGACAAACUGAUGAUAAAGAACUCGACCCUCUAGACCUCGAACGUGUGCAGAGUCCCUUGAUGCUCGCUUGCAUCAAGGAGGUCCUCAGACUUCAUCCGCCCAUCCAUUCAAUCAUGCGAAAGGUCAAAUCACCGAUCACUGUCCCGCGAACAUUAGCAUCCCAUAACGAAGAUACGCCAUACAUCAUUCCGUCGAGUAACUUUGUCUUAGCAGCGCCGGGGGCAUCGCAGAUCGACCCGGCAAUCUGGAGCUCACCUCACGAGUUCGAGCCCAGUCGAUGGCUGAAGCUCACCUCGCCCUUCAAGGCCGGCGGGGGAGAGACACAAGAAGAGAUGGUCGACUACGGCUUCGGAAUGAUCAGCAGCGGCGCCAACUCGCCCUUCCUCCCCUUCGGCGCAGGCCGUCAUCGCUGUAUCGGCGAACAGUUCGCUUACCUUCAGCUCUCUACUCUCGGCGCUACCGUCAUUAGGAACUGCGAACUCGAACUAGUCUCCAAUCAGUUCCCUAAACCUGAUUAUACUACUAUGUUGGUCUGUCCUAUCAAACCAAGAGACGUCAAGUUUACUAGGAGGAACACCCACUCGUAA